CCAAUCCAUCUCCGUACUCUACCCCUCCCGACCCCUCCAACACUUGGGCAAACACACAGGGACCCCAAAGUUUAGAAUCAUUGGCAAAACAAAAUGGCGGAAGACCUGGUAAGCUCGUUGGAACGAUCUCUACAGUCCUGCAUAACACUUCUUGGCGUUGAUUCCCUGGAAAAACUGAAAAGUCAAAAUAUCGACAACAAAGCAGGUGUUGAGGCUGCUAUAUCAAGAUUUCUUGAAUGUGCAAAACAACUAGAGGAAGACUUUUUAAAGAAGCAAGCUUAUGUGAGAGUACAACACCCGGACGAGUCCUUGAAACAAGAGAUUUCACAGUUACGAAUGGAAAUCAAACAGAAAGAAGAGGUUCUUGGUAAACUUUCAGAAAAAGUAUCAAACUGGACCAAAGUUGUUGAUGACCUUCAACGAAAACAAAAACUAGAAACAGAUCUUGCCAAUGGGAUUAUGCCAAACUUUCCUAGCUGAUGUUAGACUUUAUCUAGUAAGUCUCUUGUUAAAGGUGUUCACCGAAGACAUGGAAGAAACCUUUGGAUUUUACAUCAAUUUGGGCCAGUGGAGAAAAAUACAAAUGCUCCUGAUUUGAGAUCUUGUUCAGGGGCGGACCCAGGGGAGGUGCUUUGGGUGUAGAUGCACCCCCCCCCCUUUUUCGAACAACAUAAUUUGUUUAUAUAUACACUUACUUGCGAAAACAUUCUCAUAAAAAAAUAGGACAUUUGUGUUUUAGUAAAAAGGGAUAAAUUAACAAGACAAAAGAAGAUCACUGAGGCUGAACGCUUAAUUCUUUUGUUUUGUUUUAAUUUAUUCCUUUUUACUAAAUUCGAAUGUUCUAUUUUCUAUGACAACGUUUCUGCAAGUAGGUAUAUCAGUAUAAACGUUUUUGUGCUGUUUAUAUUCCUGUUGUACUUACAUAUCGAGAAAACGAGUAGCAUACACAACAUGUGUCUGCCACUAUGCUGCUUAACAAUCUAUUUGAGUAGUGUAGUCAAAAAAUACAUUGCAAUAGAAGUCAAUUUCAUUUCGAUAAAAUUGUGCAUAUUUUUCUUGCUCUAGAUUAUAGCCAGCUAACAAAAAUGAUCAGCUCCAUCUGCAAUACUUACUAUUUAGCUAUAUAUUAUCACUGACGAAAGCACCUCCCCUUAUAAAACACUGGAUCCACUCCUGUUGUUUACACAGCCUUUCCCUCAAAAACUUGUAAUCUAUUUUUGUAUCAUAUCAAAGCCUUAUUUAUGUAAAAACUCUGUAUGCCAAGAAUACAAUGAUGAGGCCUAGCCUGUAGUAAAGAAAUUUUAAAACUGGA